UGGCGAAAUAUCUUCUUCACUUCUUCUCAAUCUAAAAGGAAAAGCGAGCAACCAUGGCGGCAAGCGCGUUCGCCGUCACUCCUUUGCUUAAUUAUAGCUCCACAACGGAUAGAUCUUCUUCUUCUUCUUACUCAACCUCGAAGCUCGUCCGCUUCUGGAACCUACCCAAAUCGAAACACUCAAAUCCCCGUUGUCCUCAGCUGCUUGUCUCCUUCUCACUGAAUCAAUCGGCUGACGACGAUGCAUCCGACGCCGCACUCUUUCUCGAAUCCAAUUCAAUCGCUGAUUACAUGCGAUUCAAGCGCCGCCCCUACGCCGGAAACAAUGGCUCCAGCGAAUUGCAGACCGCAAUCGUCACUUACAAGAAACGAUUCCCUUGGAUUCUCCUCAACCCUUUUCUUCAGGUAGAUUUGGUCUCAACGAUUCAUAUUGCAGAUAAAGAGUACUUCGCAACACUUCAAAAGGAGCUUGAACCAUAUGAUUCUAUCUUGUAUGAGAUGGUGGCUAGUAAAGAGACAUUGGAAAACAGAAGAAACCCAAUUGCAGCCAAGAGGCUCAAGACUUCACGUUCAAGAGGCUUCAGUAUUCUCGGGUUCAUUCAGCGGCAGAUGGCAAGGGUACUAACGCUUGAUUUUCAGCUUGACUGUCUAGAUUACGAAGCUAAGAAUUGGUACCAUGCUGAUCUCGAUUUCGAGACAUUCACAUUGCUUCAGAGAGAGAAAGGGGAAAGCUUCUACUCAUUUGCCAGGGACAUGACUAUUAGAUCAACGAAAGCAAUGAUACAGCCAGCUUUGAUAACUGAAGGUCUUGAUACUUGGAGGUCAAAGCUUCUAUGGGUUUCACGGGUUUUCCCUAUGCCUCUUGUGGGUCUUUUCCUUAUUGGGGCUUUCUGUGCUGACUUUGGAAACCAGACGGAAGACUAUCCAGAACUGGAAGCACUUUCAAGGCUUGACUUUGGAGCUGCUAUGAAGGUCUUCCUUGCUAAGAGAUUGACAUCCGAGCUAACACAAGGGACAUCGGAUAUCGAGGAGAAAUCUGUCAUCAUUGGGGAGAGAAACCGAGCAGCUACUGAAGCUUUAAGAAGAGCAAUGGACCAAGGGCACAAAAGAAUCGGAAUUCUUUAUGGCGGAGGCCACAUGCCUGACUUGGGAAGACGACUUCGAGAAGAGUUUGAUCUUGUUCCUAGUGAGGUAAGAUGGGUAACAGCCUGGUCCAUCAGAAAUCCAAUGGACUUGGAGACUAGUUCGUUUCCGAUUCUCAGGAAAGUAGCCGAUGCUUUGCGCUGGCCACUAAACCGGUACCAAACCUUAGCAUUGCUGAUUUUUUCAUCGGUCCUUGCACUGGAUCUCUGCUUUUGGGAGCUCUUCCUUGAUUCAACCAUUGACUGGGCUAUGCAGAUAACUGCAGAGCUGUACCAGUUUGUAGAUAAUACAAAACUUGUGUGAGCUAUUUGUAAUUACAGAAUCAUGUACAAACAGUGUCUAAAAUAGUAUUGAAAAUCUCGCCAAGUCUACUGUUUAGCAAACAUGGCUCUGAUGUCAAA